AUGGAGAAGUUUCAUGAUAGAUUGUACUGUUGCGUAUCCCUGAGGUCUGGAGCAGUGUCAGAGGAGGACAUGUUGAGGUACAGAGAGAUUGCCAGAGCCAGGUUGUGGGACGAAGCCCUAGAGAAAGUACAGUAUUUGCGAGGGUAUCGGCGCCGCAGCAGAAAGCAGCGAAUCCUAGCUCGAAUGGCAGAGCGUAUGCCCCUCCUGAGAAAACAGACCGAAGAAGCGUGGGUGACUAGACUCGAGAUUCUAGUAUAUGCAGAACUGGUGCUCGACGACGCAUACCAGGCAAUACAGUGGUACGCAGCUCAGUGUGUCCCUGAGAUGGCAGAGUAUGAGUUCCCAGAGGGCGGAGAUUACGCUGGCCCUGGCCUAUUUUGGGAUAAUAUUGACGAUGAGAACUUUGGGAAAGCUACCGACUCUCGUUUUUGGGACCUGUGGGACCUCGAGGCAGACCUACG